CUCCCAGCCAACAAGCCAGCAAGGUGUGAUCUUCCUUGGCAACAUUGGGCUGGAUUGUUGCCUGGGCCCUUGAAGCUUGGAGGAAAUCGAAGGGUCAUAAAUCAAAGAUACCAUAUGGAUCCGAUUUCAGCCCAACUCUGCGGUGACUACUACUGGUUGCACGGCUUUAGCUAGCUAGCCAUUGUGCAUGCCACCAUGCUAUCUUGCGUAGCAAAGUCACAUUCGGAGCUCAGGAAGCAAUGUUUACUUCUUCUUCACGGCAACAAGCCUAGAAGACGAACUUGCUAAGCGGUCCUCAGCCAUACCACCUUAUCUAGCUAACUAGCUAGCUAACUAUAGCCACCUUGCGGGAUAGCUUGCUGUGUUGGCUAGCUAAUAGCUGCCAACGGGGUUCCCGUACUUGCUUUUCGUUCGGGUUGGCAAAAACGCGACCAUGGCAGAAAAAGGCGACAAUGACGGACCGUCGGAGCGGAAAGAGAAAGUUGACGUUUCGACGAUGAAGAAGAAGUUUGCUCGUACCAUCAGCCAAGAGGAUGCAACCCAGUCGCAAGCUUCCCCAGGAGCAUCAAGAGCUACGAGGGGGCGACAAGGGGAACCCAUGUCGGUGUCGUCUCACUCGAGCAGUGGCUCCCUCCGCCGAUCCGCUACGACGAAUAUCACCACGGCACGAAAGUCCUCUCACUCGCCUCAGGCAGCUAUGCGCAGAACUGCCACCACAAAUCCCCGAGAUAGAAUGGGCGUCAAUGCCACCGCGCUCAAGAUGCAGGAGAGGGCUGCCAAAGACGCAAAGAUACGACAAGCAGCAACGGCAAAACGAAGCAAAGCAAUUGGAGGCUCGUCCGAUCAUAGCUCAAGUGCUCGUCAUCGAUCACGUAGUAAAUCCCCUUUGCGUUCCCACACUUCGCCAGACACGAUCGGGGGCAUGGUGGGAUCUGCUGCCGGUGCUACUGCUGCAUCGUCAGGAACGGCGGAAGCGACAACUUCCAGCCAUCGAGGUGCAUCCGCUGGGACUGCCACAUCUAGCACGACGGCAUCCAGCCAUCGAGGAGCAUCUGCCGCCUCAACUACGAGCAGCACCAGCACUACAUCUGGUCCCAGGUUGUCCACAAUUGGGCGGGAGUUUGACAACGACGUUCUUUCUGAUCUCCCAGAAGGACCAAUGACAACGACUCACUCCAAUGAAAGAGAGUCCAUGACCCUGCCAGGUGGCACCGGCACCAACCGUCCCUUCUUUUCCUAUAUCCGACGUCAAACGAGCGAGGAUGCUAGUAGAUCUAGUGCUGGUAGUGGGAGCUUGCAAAACGUUGCCAAUUUCAAUUUUCUAAGUCUGGGAAGCAGAGGCAGUGGCACGCGGUUGUCGGAUGCAUCCUCACAGGGAGACGGGACGACACCCAACCUGGGCAGUACACUCUUGGCGGAUCGCAAUGAAAAGUUCAAGCACCAACAAUACGUUGAUCAGAGCGUCAAUCUUAUGGAUCCUGACUUUGCCACUUUGGGCAGCGAUGAUCAGUCCAACACCAACAGGUCGCGCCGCGCACGUUUUGCCAACGACAAGAAGUCCCAAACAUCUGUAAUGGAUCUGGUAUUCGGUGGAGGACACAAUGCUAGGGUACGAAAGAAGUCGAUGGUCGAGGUCAUACUUGGGCCAGAUCCGCGGACGUUCAAGCAGCGGCAAAGUUCGUUUCGUGAUGAUGAAGACUCGACUUGUGACAGGAUUUUGAGCUUUUUGGUAUCCAAUGCAAGUUGUAUCAUCAUCCUUCUGUUGCUCAUUACAGCCACACUGAUCACCGCCCUUAUCCUCAUCGAUCGAGUGCCAGCAAUGUCUAGUCCAACGGCGCCCAAUGUUGUACUUGCCAUCCCUUCAACUCCUGAGCCCACAUUAGGGUCUUCCCCCAACCCGACACAGGCAACAGAACCAACGCAUGCACCUGUAAUUACUCCACAACCCUCACCGGCAACAUCAACUGUGACAGCAACUUCAGGGGCAGCAGCCACAAGAUCGUCCACCAAUGUAGAAGAGACUUCGCAACAAACUCAGCACACUGCUAACGUAAAUGUCAAAUCAGCCAUCAAAUUCGUUCACAAGAAAGGAGUCCCACAUGACGCCAGCAAGUCAGCUGCAACUGCCCACACUGCUGCAAAGAAGCACAAUGACGGACUUCGGCCAAAAGUAUUCUCGCUCCCCAUCAAGCAAAAGUCAACGCCGGCUCCUACUGCGACCCAACUGCCUUCGGAUCCGAAAUCACACCUGGAAUCAAUCAUUGUUCAAAAGUAUGGUCUGACAGAUCCCACUGAUCUCGUGGAUCCUCACUCAAGUGCUGCUCGGGCACUCGAAUGGGUACUGCAAACGUGGCAGGGCGAACCAAUUGAGGUAGAUGCCGAUGAAGGCGAUGGCAUGGACGAGCAAAAGAAUGUUGAACGGUACAUCGCAGCGGUCUUUUACUAUGCAACGCAGCAUGAGGAAAACUCGAAUCAUUCCUCGUCACGACGACAUUUGAACCAUGGCAAUUCACACGGCAAAACCCACGGUACCAAGGGUGCUGAGGAAGGAACUAACUGGAUUGAAAGUAGCAGUGAUGAGUCGAUUUGUCAAUGGAAGGGGAUCCGAUGCAACAAGAGAGGGAUUGUCACUCAUCUGAAGCUACCUCGUGCAGGCCUACGAGGGACACUGCCAUCGGAACUGCAGGGACUCAAGAAUCUUUAUGAGUUGGAUGUUGGCCACAACGAACUUCAUGGGACCAUCCCAGACGAGAUUGGCAACCUGUCAACCCUCACCUACUUCGCCGCUCCGGACAACACGUUGACUGGAACGCUUCCGCCAUUGGACAAUCUCGUUCACCUUCACGAGAUCAAUCUCGCCAACAAUAAUCUGGAAGGACCCAUUCCGUCCAGCUUCAACGGUUUCCAAGACCUGUUGUAUGUUGUGCUCUCUGGAAAUAGAUUUGAGAAAACCAUACCAACCUUCACAAAUUGUGGCAAACUGAAAAAAUUGGAGCUGCAAGGCAAUAAAAUGACGGGGAUGAUUCCCUUGGAAGCACUAUCAAAGCUUGAGAAGCUCGAGGAGCUUAGACUUGGCCACAACUUGUUGACCGGAACUCUUUCAUCCACUGGCAUCAAAAAGUUUGCCAGUUUAGCUGUGUUGUCGCUCCCAAGCAAUCACUUGGGAGGAACAUUUCCAGACGUUUUCGACUCUCACUGGUUGGGGUUCCACGAGCUCGAUAUCACAGGCAACGCCUUUCGAGGGCCCCUGCCUGCUACUCUUGGAGUCCACACAGAAAUUAAACAUCUCAACCUAGGUGAAAACCUGUGGACGGGUUCAAUACCUGCGCUCUGGUUUGGACUCACGAACCUGCAGUCUCUGGUGGUAAACAAUAGUACACUGAGUGGCUCGAUUCCGGCGAUUCUAGCGGAAUUAAAACACCUUCGGAAUCUGUUUCUCAAUCACAAUACACUCACGGGACCAAUUCCAUCGGAGCUUGGAACCUUGAAAAAGCUGAAACAUCUGCACCUCGAAGACAACCGUCUCACCGGUGAGAUACCUCCGUCCUUUGCAUCUCUGGUGGGCAGUCUAGAGUCCCUACUGUUGUUUCGCAACAACCUCGAAGGCAACACAUCGUCACUUUGCUCCGAGGACGUUUCCAAUCUACAAGAGUUUGCCACAGAUUGUCUUACUGAAGUUGUCUGCGAUUGUUGCCUUACAUGUUAUUGAUGAACGAUCGGUAGACGAUCUAUAUCGCUGCUGCAUGAUCGAAUGAUUCGCUCAAUCAAAGAGGCAACACUGCCUCUUACUUGACAAAGAAGAGAACAAGGAACAGUUUUCGCAAUAAGAAGCAUGUCGCCGCUGCACGAAGACGAAGCAAUUAAGUACAGUAUGACGUGACUUCUGACUAGCUAGAUAGAGAUUUCAUUACGAGCUUCAUUGAUAG